GCCGAGAAAGAUCAUCCUGAUUGUGAAAUGGUGACGAAUUCCACCGCCGCUCAAAUGGAGAAGAGCAGGAUCCAAAUGCUGUAUGAUGCUUGCCAUGCUGUGUUUUCGCUGAAGGAGCUUCCAACCCUUCAACAGAUUCAAUGGCUGAAAACCAACUUAGAUAAAGUUGAAGCAGCAGAUGUCGGGAUAGAUGAAUUUAACUUGCAUGGAUCUCCAAAAUUGAUCUGCGGAAGAGGGAUCUCUGAGAUAACUUACAUUCAUAUUCACGAGUGCAACAAUUUCUCGAUAGGCAUCUUUUGCCUACCAGCAGGAAGGGCACUUCCUCUUCAUGACCACCCUGAGAUGACGGUUCUGAGUAAAAUUCUUUACGGUACCGUCCAUGUCAAAGCAUACGAUUGGAUCAAGGUGCACAACUCCAGUCCCCAGAUAAAGGGAGUGGCAAGAGCUGUCAUUGAUGGGAUCUUCAAAGCACCAUGCGAACCGUCCGUGCUGUUUCCUAGGAGCGGCGGAAACAUCCAUUCCUUUACUGCCUUGACUCCCUGUGCUAUCUUGGAUGUCUUGUCCCCACCUUACUCUGAAGAGUUUGGGCGACCUUCAACUUACUUCACCGAUUUCCCAAUUCCUUCAUUCCCCGGUUAUGCAAUGCUUGAUGGAAAAGAUCUACCGGAAGACCUGGUUGUUAAAGGUGCACCAUACCUUGGCCCUCCUCUUGAGUUCGAAAACAACCUUGAGAGUUUGAGCUAAAAGAAGUGCCUUCUUGUGUUUUCCUUUUCUUGUGCUAUAAGCCAUCCAUGAUCUCCAAAAAGAACCUGCCUGUUGAGGAAGGUGUAGCAACGCAAAGCAACAACAUAAAUUAUCCAUCUCAAAGCCUCGAAGUGCAGUUCAUAACACAAGAGGCAAGGAAAACUACCCCAAAGGUAGAUGGGUAUUACUUGGGAAGCAGCAUGGAUCUUGAUGAUGUAGAAACAAGUGGCGAUUUCGCCUGCUCCUU